AAAACAGACACACACAAGAGAGGUGGAGGAGGGGGAAAUAAACAGGGCAAUCAAUUGUAAUGAAACCCCUAUUAAAUCCUCUAGAUGGAGCAAGCUGUAACUCUGUUUUAUUUCAUUAGUCUUGUAAGGCUGAGAAAGAUCAUAGUGUUUGAAUUGUUCCAUUAACACCAAGGACAACAGCAAGAGGGGAAAAACUGUGUUCUGUGCUGCCUGCCUCUCUAUGCAAACUGUUAUUUGGUUGGAUAGAAGGAAAUCCGUAGCAGUCCAGUCAGCCCCCAAAGCAAGUGUCUGCACUCGUAAGAGAAGUCCAUGCUGCAGUUGUAACCCCAGACUGUUUAAAUGCAAGAUGACUUCAUAGGGGAUUUCAUCACUGUUAAUGGCAGACUAAAGGCUCUUGAGAAUUGGAAGGAAACAAUUUUAAUUAUUACUGCCUUCAAAGUGUCACAUUUGUUCUUUAUGUAACUGGAAGCUCUAUGACCAUCAUGACUAACCAAGAAAAGUGGGUCAAUCUCAGCCCUGCAGAAUUCUCUCAGCUUCAAAAAUAUGCAGAAUAUUCAACAAAGAAACUUAAAGACGUUUUGGAAGAAUUCCAUGGCAAUGGUGUUUUGGCAAAAUAUAAUCCAGAAGAGAAGCAAGAUAUUCUUAAACAAGCAAUCGACUUUGAAGGUUUCCAGUUAUUCAUGAAAACCUUUCUUGAAGCUGAACUUCCAGAUGAAUUCUGCAAGCAUCUCUUUAUGUCAUUCAGUAACAGAUUUCAUAACCCCAGCCCCUCCAUUCAAAGCAAAUCUCAGCUUCUCUCUGGAGGUCUCAGAAUGAACUACAGAAGUAACAGUUCAUCACGAUCAUCCUCCCCGGUUUCUCUGCGACCCCCAGAUGUGAUCCAGCUGAAAGAUAUUGUUUGUUAUUUAUCACUUCUAGAAAGAGGAAGGCCUGAGGAUAAACUAGAAUUUAUGUUUCGACUGUACGACACCGAUGGAAAUGGAUACCUGGACAGUACGGAACUGGAAAGUAUCAUUACACAGAUGAUGCAUGUGGCUGAAUACUUGGAAUGGGAUGUCACAGAGCUUAAUCCUAUUCUCCAUGAAAUGAUGGAAGAAAUUGAUUAUGACCAUGAUGGGACUGUGUCUCUAGAGGAAUGGAUUCAAGGGGGGAUGACGACAAUUCCACUACUAGUUCUUCUUGGGCUAGAAAAUAAUGUUAAGGAUGAUGGACAGCAUGUGUGGAGACUGAAACACUUUAACAAGCCUGCCUACUGUAAUCUCUGCUUGAAUAUGCUAAUAGGCCUGGGAAAGCAAGGUUUAUGUUGUUCCUUCUGCAAGUAUACGGUCCAUGAAAGGUGUGUAUCCCGAGCACCUCCUUCAUGUAUUAAAACAUAUGUGAAAUCAAAAAAGGAUACAAAUGUAAUGCACCAUUUUUGGGUAGAGGGAAACUGCCCCACGAAAUGCGAAAAGUGUCACAAAGCCAUUAAAUGUUACCAAGGCCUGACGGGGCUUCACUGUGUAUGGUGUCAGAUUACACUUCACAAUAAAUGCGCUUCUCAUCUUAAACCUGAAUGUGACUGCGGACCACUGAAGGAUCACAUUUUACCUCCUACAACGAUCUGCCCUGUUGUAUUGGAAAGACAGUCAACUUUAAAGAGAGAAAAAAACUGUUCUCAACAAGGAAACAAAUGCGGAGAAAGAAUAAAAAUGCAAAGAGCAAAUUCUGUAACAGUGGAUGGGCAAGGUCUCCAGAUUACUCCUAUUUCAGGAACACAUCCACUUCUAGUUUUUGUAAAUCCAAAGAGUGGGGGGAAACAAGGCGAAAGGAUACAUAGGAAAUUUCAAUACCUUUUAAAUCCAAGACAGGUUUAUAGUCUUGCUGGAAUUGGACCUAUGCCAGGAUUAAAUUUCUUUCGUGAUGUUCCAGAUUUCAAAGUUCUUGCAUGUGGAGGUGAUGGAACGGUUGGUUGGAUUCUAGAUUGUAUUGACAAAGCCAACUUGAUAAAACAGCCUCCCGUGGCCGUCUUGCCUCUUGGUACUGGCAAUGACUUAGCAAGGUGUUUAAGAUGGGGAGGAGGCUAUGAAGGCGAGAACCUCAUGAAGUUUCUUAAAGAUAUUGAAAUUGCCACAGUAGUUCUACUUGAUAGAUGGAAGAUUGAUGUUAUUCCAAAUGAUAAGGAUGAAAAAGGAGACCCAGUGCCUUACAGCAUCAUAAACAAUUAUUUUUCAAUUGGAGUGGAUGCAUCCAUUGCACAUAGAUUUCAUCUAAUGCGAGAAAAACAUCCAGAAAAGUUCAACAGUAGGAUGAAGAAUAAAUUUUGGUACUUUGAAUUUGGAACCUCUGAAACUUUCUCAGCAACAUGCAAAAAAUUACAUGAAGCAAUUGAAAUUGAAUGUGAUGGUAUUCAGAUGGACCUGGGCAAUAUUUCUCUGGAAGGAAUUGCUAUUCUUAACAUUCCAAGUAUGCAUGGUGGCUCAAAUCUCUGGGGAGAAACCAAAAAACGAAGAAGCAAUAGAAGAACUGACAAGAAAAACUCAGAUAAGAGAACGACUGUGACUGAUGCUAAAGAGCUUAAAUUUGCUGCACAAGAUCUGAGUGAUCAACUACUGGAAGUGGUUGGACUAGAGGGAGCAAUGGAAAUGGGACAAAUUUAUACUGGUUUAAAGAGCGCUGGAAGACGUCUUGCACAAUGCUCAUCUGUAGUCUUAAGAACUAGCAAGUCACUGCCAAUGCAGAUCGAUGGGGAACCUUGGAUGCAAACACCAUGUACGAUCAAGAUUACCCACAAGAAUCAAGCCCCAAUGUUAAUGGGGCCUCCUCCAAAAAAUGGACUUUUCACUUCUCUCAUUAAAGGAUCAAGAAGCAAGAUGAAGGAAUAGGUCCAUCAAGAAUCAUGCAAUCUGGUCUUCAGUAUGACUUUACUGGGAUUCUUUACUGACAGUACAAAAAUAUGGGUUGGCUUUAUGGUUUCCUAAGUUAUAAGUAUUAAUAUCAUUUUAAUUUAUUUAUUGCAACAAAUUUUAAGUUAUUUGGCAUGUGUAAUCGUUUAUAUAUAUUUAUUGCAACAGCCUAUAUUUUUGCAUGCCUUUUUAUUUAUUUGUUCUUCCCACCCGCUCCCCGUUUGUACUAUAUUCAAACCACAUCUAACAAAUACCGAUUCCAGACUUCAGUCAACAGCACAGUGACAAGUGCUUCAAAGAGAAGGGUGUAACUGACAGUGAAAACCAUUGACAAUGAAGAAACGAUCAAUUUAUUUUUACCUGUCGACAGCAAAGUGCUUGGCGCUGUCACCUCAUCAUGACCAUGCCCGUUAGUAUUAGUGUCAUUCUAUACAGGCCUACAAAUAACAUGCCAUAUUUAUAAACUGCUUGCUUAAUAAACUGUUUCCCACCAAAGCUUUACUGAGUAAGACUGAAGUAAUGAGUUAAUGCAUAAUUAAUCAAGGACAUUGCAUGAAAUUCACAGUCAAAAAUGUACUGUUCUUUUGAUUACCUUGCCAAGUGCUGAGAUUAGAAACAAGUGCAUUAAGCAAACAAAACUCUUAUUUCAUGUCUGCAGUAUUGCUGUGUAAGAUAUCGAUGUAGUUAUAGUCACAGGAAGCUAGAUAGCAAAUAACAAACCACCAGAGAAUAUGCCCUUACCGCCCUGUCGGACAUAUACUCCAGUGAAAAUGCAGUUUUUAAAAUGUUUUCUUUUUCUACUGGGUUAAAACACAGAUAGAGUUGAACUGAGGUAGCACCAAACAAGAGAUAACCGUAUCUGUGAGCACUCUGACUCAUUUAUAAACACAUAAUGCUGGUCACUAUAGCAUGAAGAUAUAUAUGAACUCAUUGCUUGUCAGACCACACUGAACAAAAUUUAUAGAGACACUCCCUCAAAUUCUAGGGCUUGUGCAGAACAUAUUUUUUUGCCGAUUGUUUUAAUUAAAUAAAUAUCUAUGGUUUCUAUUAUUUCUGCCACUAAAGAAGAAUAUGAAGCCAGUUUUACUUUAGCACUUUCUGUCUUUUCCAGGCCACAGAACUAUAAAGAAGCUGAAAAAAACUAAUUACCAGUCAACUGAGAGGCCCAUGAUAAUGGUCUGCUCGAAGGCUGCUCAAAGUAGCAGUAGUAAAGAAAAAAAAAUCUAACUUUCAAAUGCUUUAUAAUGGCAAAAAAAGGCAAGAAAAUAGGCAGUCAUUUCAACACAAGUCCUAUUUAUCGUGUUAAUUUAUAGCAAAAGUGUUUUUAUGUGUAAACUUUCCCUUUAAUGUCUCAUGCUUCAGUUCCAUGUGGUUGCAGUUAAUAUUUCAUUAUUAAAAAUAUAGGAAAAAUAUAUGAACCCAAUGACUCCCUGAUCAAUAAACUGGAUUUGUCAGAGUGACAGCUCGGCUCAGACAAAAAGACGUAAGAAAAUCUAUUUCCACCUAAGAAAGUUGGAUUUCAUGUCUGUUGAAGGGACAUUAUAUUAACCAGUUAUGGAAUUUGGAAACAAUUCGAUUUGUUUGUUAGUUUUUUUGCUGAGUGAAACAAGCAAACUCCCAUACCUAGUUCCAACCCUAUUUAGGGGCUCAUUUAUGGAUGCUCAAAUUUUAAAUUUUUGCCAAGUUUUGACAUUUUUUGCACUAAAACUCCUGAAUUCAAGUGAGGGUGUCUAAAACUCAAAUAUUUCAUAUUUAUUAGCGAACAAACUGGAAUGUAAGAUGUCGGCAUGUAAAAGCUUGCAAGCUCACGUAGUGGCAGUAAAACGUAAGGGACUUUCAUUCGUUCUAGUCAAUUUUAUGGGAAAUUUUGUGAGAGUUCGUAGAACCAGAUAAAAAUAAUGAGGAGAAUGCAAAUACAUUGUAUUCAAGUUUUCUUCAUGGUCGAAUUCGAUCAAGUUUUUUAUAUUCAAACUUCUUUUUUUAAUAUUUUUUUUUUUAUAUAUUCAAGUUUCUAAAUACAAAAGCACACAUUUGAGUUUGGUAAGUUUUAGAGUCAAUUCAAAUUUUGAUAGGCCUCCCCUCUGUUAGAGUCUAGCAAACAAAUAAAUAUAUAUAUAGGCUCCAUUAACCAUAUUAGUAACUAUUAGUUUCACUUUGUUUUUUGUCAUUUUGAGAAAACAUUUUUUACCUACUGCCUGUAAAUAUGUUUUCAUAUAUACAUGUAUUACAUAAAUACAUAUCAUGACUAGCGAUGGGCAAAAUAAUUCGCCAGGCAUUAGCGGAUUUUUUCGAGAAACGAGUGUCAAAACUCAGUGCAGGACAAAAAAUUGUCGCCCACAUCAAAAAAUUGUUGCACAUGUAGAAAAAUGACGCACAUCGAGCAACAUUUUCGCUGUUUCGCGACUCUUUUGAAACAUCCGCAAAUUUUUGGGUGAAGCAAAACAGGACAGAUUCACUAAUCACUAAUCAUGACAAAAUGGUUUGGAUUUUUCCAUAUGUUUAGUACUAUUCCCCCACCAAAUGUUUUCCCUUUACUAACCCUAAACGUGUUUGCUGCAGUCAUGCCAGACACGUAUGUUAUGCAAUCUUCAUGUCUAUAUGUAUAUUGAUUUCACUGAUUAAAAAGGACUUCACAGGGGCCAAUAUUGGUAACCAACUCUGUAUUAACUUUUGGCUUUUGUAAAUGGACAACAUGGUGGCAUCCCCAGCCAAUUGAAUUGGGAUUCUUUUACAUUUAAACAAGGAGGGUAUCAAAACCCCACUGGACAAGGACUCUAUCAGGUUAUGGAUUUGGUUCUGUCCUGAUAGGUCUGCACUUGGGCCACAUAAUCAACCUAAUUUGGCCACACACUUGCAUCUGCUUUUUUGGCAACCUCACUAAAGAAGCAGAUCUUGCUUAGUAGGGUGAGCUUUAACUAUAGUAUUAUUAUUAUGUAACUGGCAGUCAGUGUCUACUGAUAGCAAAUCAACUGCCAAAUGAAAUAAAGGGGUGGGGAUAGUUCCUUCAGUUAAUUUUUCUGACCUCAGUCAGAUCAUAGCUGUAAUGGAAAUGCUGUAACUAGGGACCAACACCUUCUUGCCCUGUGUGGUUGCUCAGUUGCAAGUUCAGACUAUUGCUAGAAAUUUUACUCAAGCAACAGCCGGAGAACCAUCAGCUGAACCCGCUGCUCAGCCCAGGGGCCCAUAGAAGCACUGCCCUGCAUUAUAUCUUAGGGUAUCUGUGAGUAUUCACACAACCCCUUUUGAAAGCAUUAUGUCACAGGUCUUUUUAAAAUCUAUCCUAUUUGUUUCCAAAAUUAGAUUUUUCUGCCUUAAUCCAAAGAAUCUUCUCAUUUCUAAAAGGUAUGUAGAAAUAUACAUUCUCAAAUUUGAAACAGCUUCUAAUAUCAAACUAUAAAUAUCUUGUAAAUUGUGACAGUGGCAUUAGUCUAUUAACUGCUGUUUCUUCUACAAACCACGUCACAUUUUGCGCUUUUUAAUUCUAUAAAUGUUUACAAAGAAAAUCUUAUUAUAUCAGAGCACUUCAGAGGAAAUUAAUGUUUUUACAUGUUUAUUGCAGUGUUUUUCUUAUUAGAUGUGCAAUUUUUUGUAGUAGAGUAGUAAUUUCCAAUAUCUAUUAAUAUGUGUGUAUGUAAUACCUGUUAUGCUUUGUCUUUAUGAUGUGUAUAUAUAUAUAUAUAUAGCAACAGCUGUCUUUUGUCAGAAUUGUAUAUGUGAUUGUUUAACAACUGAUGAAUGGCAAUGCUUCCUGCCAUAAAAUCUGCGAUACUAAAUAAAAAUAAAUUUCUAUAUGUGCAACCAUA